CCGAUCCGUGCUGCUGAAACGACCUUGUCCUUUUACCACUAAGCAAGAGGCCGAACAUCGUUACAGAACAGAACAUCAUAAACUUCUAUAAUAUGUCAAAUGCUCCCAAUCAAAAUGGACAGGGUCUAGAUCAGCAGUUUGCUGGUCUAGGCUUAGGAGACAACAGUCGUCCUUCUUACAAUAAUUACAACAAUGUACCGAAAUAUUGGCCUAACCAAGCUAACAGAUUUCAGGGACCACCUCCCAACUACAAAGAACAAGGACAAGAUUUAAAUGAUUCUGGGUCCCGUUAUGUCCCGCCCAAUGUGAGAAAUGCUGGACAAGGGCCACCACCCAAUGUCCCACCCCCGCAGAAUGACCAAAAAGAAGGUGGAAACCGAGGUGCUUAUCAGCCACCAAACUUUAACCGAGGAGGCGGUGGUGGUGGAGGAUAUGCUAUGAAUGGAGGACCUCCACAGAGCUAUAGUCAACCAAAUGGACUUGAACAAAAGGACAGUUUAACAACAAAAAAUGGAGUGGAUCUAGAAACAGACAUGGGAAAUGAUCGUGGUGGAUAUAGUUCUUACAAUCGUGGAGCAAGAGGUGGUUACACAGCAGGAUACCAGGGUAACCAAGGUGGAGGAUACCAAGGAGGUCAAGGGGGUUAUAACCAAGGUGGUUUCCAAGGAAACCAGGCAGGAUACACCAACUAUAACAAUCGUGGUGGAGGUUAUCAGGGCCAGCAAGGAGGAGGAUAUGGCCGUGGAGGUGGUGGUGAUAGAAUGAACAGACAGGGCAGUGCACCACCUUUCUCUGGAGGAUAUGCAGGAGGCAGCUCCAGAUGGGAUGCUCUCAAAGACGACUCUCGUCAACCAUACACUGAAAACCGUGGUGGAUACAACACUAGCUUUGAUGGUGGACGAGGAGGUGGAGCCAACGGAGCUGGUGGCUACCAAAACUACCAGCGACGUGAUAUGGGUAGAGGUGGAGGUCAGUCCCGUGACAGUGGCUUGCAGAUAAAUAACCGUUGGGACAACAGAACAGAAUAUAACAGUCCUGAAGGAGGUUACCCUGAAGCCACAAAGGACAACUGGACUGUUCCUCUUCCAAGAAAUGACAGACUAGAAAAUGAAUUGUUCGGUGGUAAUAAUAGUGGUAUAAACUUUGACAAGUAUGAUGAUAUUCCUGUAGAAGCCACAGGAGAAAAUGUACCAAAAUGUGUAGAUACUUUUGAGGAAACAACUUUGGGAGAAAUUAUUAGAAAUAAUAUUGUACUGACAAAAUACAGUAAACCUACACCUGUACAGAAAUAUUCUUUGCCUAUUGUACUACACAAGAGAGAUUUAAUGGCUUGUGCACAAACAGGUUCUGGAAAGACUGCUGCCUUUUUAGUGCCAAUUUUGAAUCGUGUGUAUGAGAAUGGACCUGCUGAACAGGCUGCACAAGAGGGAAGACAGUAUGGAAGAAGGAAACAAUUUCCAUUAGCUUUGAUUUUGGCUCCAACCAGAGAGUUGGCCUCACAGAUCUAUGAUGAAGCGAGAAAGUUUGCUUAUCGUUCACGAGUUCGUCCCUGUGUAGUCUAUGGAGGUGCUGAUAUAGGAUCACAGAUGAGAGAUCUUGAUAAAGGAUGCCAUCUCCUUGUGGCCACACCUGGUCGUCUUGUUGACAUGAUUGAAAGAGGAAAAAUUGGUCUUGAUCAUUGCAAAUUUUUAGUUCUUGAUGAGGCUGAUAGGAUGUUAGACAUGGGAUUUGAACCACAAAUUAGAAGAAUUGUUGAGAAAGAUACUAUGCCAUCUUGUGGUAUAAGACAAACACUUAUGUUCAGCGCUACAUUCCCCAAGGAAAUUCAGAUUCUUGCCCGAGAUUUCUUGGAAAACUACAUUUUCUUGGCUGUUGGCAGAGUUGGAAGUACUAGUGAGAAUAUUACACAGAAAGUUGUGUGGGUAGAAGAAGGAGAAAAGAGGUCUUUCUUGUUGGACUUGUUGAAUGCUGCAGCUGGUCCAGAAUCAUUGACAUUAGUUUUUGUUGAAACCAAAAAGGGAGCAGAUGCUCUAGAAGAUUUCUUGAUUCGUGAAGGUUACCCAGCAACCAGUAUUCAUGGAGAUAGGUCACAGAAGGAGCGAGAAGAAGCAUUGGCCAGCUUCAGAAAUGGUGACCGACCAAUUAUUGUAGCCACUGCUGUGGCAGCAAGAGGAUUGGAUAUUCCCAAUGUGAAACAUGUGGUUAACUUUGACCUUCCAAGUGAUAUUGAGGAAUAUGUUCACAGAAUUGGUAGAACUGGCAGAGUAGGAAAUCUUGGUUUGGCAACAUCUUUCUUCAAUGAGAAGAAUAAGAACAUUAUUCGUGAUUUAAUGGAUCUAUUAGUAGAAUCUCAUCAGGAAGUGCCAUCAUGGUUAGAAUCCAUGGGAUAUGAUGCUAGACCAAGUGGAUCAUCUAGACGAGGAGCAUCUAAAAGAUUUGGUGGAGCUGGCUUUGGAUCAAGAGAUUAUCGUCAACAGAGUAAACCAAAGCCUCAGCAGACCAUGGGAGGAUAUGGCAAUACUAUGCCUGCUCCAGUUUACAAUAAUUAUGGUGGUGGAUCUUAUGGCGGUUCAUAUGGUGGAAGCUACAGUAACAACUCUGGUCCAGACUGGUGGGGAAACUAAAUAACUGACAAUUUAUACAACCACAUUUGUUCUUGUGUAAUUGUUUUUUUGAUGGGUAACUAGUGAGGGAGAACCGGUGCUGUCAGUAAGAUGGAGUUCCAAAUCUAAAUUUGUUCCCAUGUCCAUGGUACUCAUCUAUUGUCACAAUCUGGACUUGCCAUUUUGUAUUUGAUAGGAUAAAAGUGUAUACUAGAAUUUAUUUUUUUCUAAAAAUGUGUUUGCGGAGAAUAUUAAUUCCUGGUCAUUUUUGGGUGACAUAGGUUUUUUGUUUAAUUUGAAUAACUACCCUAAUUUUAUUUAUGGAUUGAAAACAAUUACAUUUUUCAUUACCAUUAAAAAGUUUCUAGCUGUCAACAUGUAAUGAUUUACAGUAUUUAUAAUGACAUCUUAAUAAAUUGAAGGUACAAUUUGUAAGAAAUGCUAAUUUUUUAAAUGAUGAACAUUUUUGCAUCCAUACUUCAGGUACACUUAAGUUAUGACUAGCUAAAUCAAUAACAAUUUUUUGGUUUAGACAAAUGAUAUAUUUAGUUUUUAAAACAACAAAUGUUACGAAUUUAACUUUUUUUAUUAUUAUUAAAUAUGUCUUGCAAACUUUGAUCAACAUGAUUCAUUUUUUUACGAAUCAUAUAUUAGAUAAACUUCCUUUUGGAAGAGAUACAUUAAGUAUAAGCAAAAGAAAGUACUUAUUUCAUUUUUGAUAGAUUUUUUUUUAAAUGUUAUUGGUUUAAAUUGUUGCUCAAAUGUAAUUUGAUUUUUUGUGACGGUCACUUACUGCUAAAGUAGGUCAGUGACUUGAAUUUGUUGAUAAGAGUAAUUAACUUUUUAUGGUGUCAAGGAUGUGCAAUGAUCAGGUGCAUCUACAUCUUGUUAUUGUUAUGAGAGCAAACAUAAAAUCAAUGAAAGGUUUAUAACAUAGACAUUCCAAAACUUGGCGAGCAGAUAUCAAAUUUAAGUUGUGCCUUUGCAUGCUUGCAUUACAAAUAUCAUCAUGAUUUCAUUUAUUUAAGUACAAAGUAACAUAUGUUUAAAAGUAAAUUGACAGAUUUUAUGAUUACUUCAAAGUUAUCAGAUGAUAAACCAGAGUUGUCUUGCUAUAAAAUGAUAAACAAAUUGCGAUUGCUUUCUUAAGAUAUCAUUAAUUCUUUUUAGCCAUUAAGUUUUUUUUUAAUCAUACAUGUAUAUCCUAACUAAUCCUGUUAAAAACUGAUGGAUCAAUAUUACAGGCUAAAAGGGAACAUGCAAACCCACAUACUUGCUUUAAGUUUUAAUUUGUUGAGCAAAAGAAUUGAUAAACAAAUAAGAAAAUAAAUUAGAGAUUGUACAUUUUAUACAUUUUGUUGAAUAAUAUACUGCCUGAAAUUUGAUUAAAGUUGAUUGAAUUGAUGCAUUUUGCAUGUUAAAAUGGAUGAAACAUUUGUACAUUGACUAAAAUUAAGAUAAACAAAUAAGAUGUGCAAUGAUAUAACCAUAUACAUGCGUUUUUUUUCUCAUGGCUCAUUUGUGAAAUCCAAGUAUUUUGUAUUUAUUAGAUUUUACUGUCUCAGUAUUCUAUUUGUGCAAUCAAUAUUUAUAAAUGUAAAUAAAUAUUUACCUUGCCCUUGAAUAUUGAGCUAAAAGAAAAUGAAAGUGAUUAUUUACAAUUGAUAAUCAGUAGGUUGAAUAAACUCAUAUUAUUUCAUUUGUGUCUUAACCAUUGUUAGUAACAUACAUUUUCACAUUUCUGGUAGAAGGGAAAUCAUUUAAAUUUAAACUUUCAUUUUGUUAUUUCUUUUUUGUAAAGUAAUUUAUUGAUUUAGAUAACAAUGCCUGUUUCUUUAGUUUUUAUUGUCCAUAAAUGAUUUGAAAUAUUUUGUUAAAAAGUUCCAAAUGAAAAUUUUCCUCUUGCAGUUGUAAAGUUGGUAAAUUUAAAAUCAUUUUAGUUUGAUUUCAUUACUUUGUUUUAUAAAUAUUACAGUCUUGUGAAAGACCAAGAUAAUUUAUUGAAGUAUAAGAUUUUUGACAUAACAUAUUCAGUGUUAAGAACUUGUCCUAUCCAAUGAAGAGAUAUCAUUGAUUAUUAUGUGGGUAAAUAGAUCCAUUCACCUGUAAGAGGGUUUCUGGUUGGAUCAGAGCACUGGUACAGGUAUAUUUUUUAUUCAUUCCUGUUAUGAGUGCCAUACAUUUUUGGGGAUACCAAUCUUACUGGUUCUGCCUCUGGUUACUCGGCCUGACAUUUUAUUGUGUAGUGUAGUCUAUAUAUGCCGUCCUGUUAAUGUACUAUCAAAUUUUUAUGACAAUUGUUGUGCCAAUAUGUUUGGCACCACUUAUGUAAUCUCAGUUGAUUGUGACGAGAUUGUAGAAAACAAUGAAGAUAUCUGGUAUCAAAUUACAUGUGUGAAUUCUUACAAUAACAUUUCCAGUAACUAUAAUAUACAUGUAUUGUAAACUUAACAUGUUAAAAACUGUACGCAAUUUGAACAGCAGACUUUUGAAACCAGUUAUUUUCUUAUCAUGGAACAGUAUUAUGGCAUGUAGUGUGAAUCUUGACCAAAAUAUACUCAAAGUCUUUCAGAUAUUGAAUUGUUUACUGUCAUUGUUAUACGUUUUAUUCAUGACAUUGUUGAUACUCACCAAGUUUUAACCAGCCUUGAUGCAACAGAUGUGUAAUAUUUGUUGCUCUAUGCUUGUUAAUUUUAUAUGAGCAUCAACGAACAAGUUUUCCUUGCCCAAAACAUGAUUUAAAUGGGGGUAAAUUUAAAGAACUUCACAUUUAUAAUCUUUUUUUCUUGCUGACAUUUAUAUAUUUAAAUGAUGCAUAGAAAGGAGAUUGUUUUCAGUCAAUGUAACAAGUUGUGAACUUUAAUCUUCGUCAAUAUUUUGUUACAUUAUUUUUCUUUUAAUUGUGGUUAUAUCACUUUAAAAUAAAGAAGAAAACAAAUACCAUCUGAUUUAUUUUUAAAAUGUGUUCAUAAUUUAUUAUACAUGCAUUAAGAUUGUAAUAUUAAAUAUAAAAACAAUUCAAAUUUGAAAGUAUACGAUAAACACUGCCUAAUUGUCCUACUCACACAAAUUUUUGUGGAUAAAAUUCUCAUUUAAACUUGCUACAAAUUUUCUUCAUUAGAUUUUUUGUGGUUAGGGCAACUGGUAUACAAGUAUUCAAGACUUUGAUCUCAGGGUAUGAAAAGAAUUGUGAUUUUUGAAGUGUGCCCCUUCAGUGAUGGUGUCUUACGGCACAGUAUUCUUAUAGAAUUAAGGAUGCCAUAUUUUGCACAUUACAUGCCAUUGUAUGAAAUAUAAUAAGCUCUCUUGUUAAGAUUGUUAUCAUCUUGUCAUAGUGUUGCUGGGUUGAAAUACACAUUUUAUUGUUUAUAAUACAUAUCCAUUGUUGGUAAAUUUUAUUUUAUAGAUUAUAGAUAGAAAUGCAAGUGUUCAGGAAAAAUAAAAUUUACCUGCGAUAUUUUAUAAAGAAAAAGAAUUUGUCCUCAUUCCAGUGUAUUUUGUUUAAUCUUUUUAAUUGACUGUCAGUGUCUUUCCAUGAUAUAUAUAUAUAAAACUUGCCAUGUCUUUAAAUGUAUUUUAAAUUUCAUAAUUGAAGAAUCAUGUCUCAAACACACAAGAUAUUACUUUUUGUAAAUAUGCUUCCAAAAUAUUUACAUUUUGGUACAAGGCAUUGUUAUGUUAUUGUACCUGUCCAAUAUGGUUCUCAGACAUGGUAAAAAUAUUUUCAAGUUUUUGAAAGAUCAAAAGAUCAGACAUUGUAGUAGUUUAUGGGAAUUAAUAUCUGUGUUUUUAAGAUUAAUGUUCUUCAUUAUUUGUGAGUGUUCAGUUAUCUUUGUUUUACAUUGUUCUAGUUUUUUACUUUAAUUGGAUUUGUUUUUUAUGUGAAUGAAUAGAUAAUUUUCUCAUUGGUAUGCUGAAUUGCUUUGAAUCUCAGAUUUUUUCCAUAUAGACAUCUGGUUCCCUUUAAAUAUGUAAUAUUCUUUCAGCAUAGAUUGGUGCAAUAUAAAUAUAUAUGAUAUUUAUUGCACAUUUGUGACAACUGGCUAUUUUGACAUCAAAUAUAUUUUCAGUAGACAAAAUGAAUAGAUAUAAAAUUGAUCUCAAUUCCUCAACAAUGUAAUAUCAUAAUCUGUUAUACAAAAUCUCAAAUUUAGAAAUACUUAUGUGAAGGUACAAUUUGAUAACUCAAUAAAAGAUGAGUGAUUAAGGAAUGUUCUGCCAUACAGGUAAUAUCAGUGAUUGCUGAAGAUUUCCUGUUGGUAUAUUGAUUGCUUGUGAAAUAAAUGUUCUGGUAUACAAACUGACUCAAGUCAGUGAUUAUUUAUGUCAAAUUGUCAUCCUCUGCUCAUAAUAGUUUCCUCAUAUUCAUAAUAUUAUGUGAUAUAAAUAAAGAUCUGAUUUAUAUAUAAGUCAAGACUUGGUGCUCAGUUUUAUGCAAUUAAUUAUUCUAAAAUAGUGCUUCCAAAGGAAAAUCAAACAUAGUGCAAGUGGUGAUAACAGCCUGUUGGCUGAGUUUUUUCCUUUUGCAUAUUGUUAUUUGAUAUUUGUUUAAUAUUGUUUAGAAUCAAGUUAUCUGUGAUUUAUUUUCUACAGCUAAGUGCAAUCUUAACUGACAAGUAGAAGGAGCAAAUGUUAAAAUAAUGUUUUAUAAACAUUUUUAUUUAAUUUUUUUAUUAAUUUUUCAUUUAAAUUUUUUUCUUUUUGCAAAUGGCAAUCUCUUUGAUUUUUAUCAUUUUAUUUUUUAUAAAACUGAAUGAGAGGGUCUUGAUUUUUUUGUUGUGAGUGUGGGGAAGUGUACAUGUUGCAGGGGAUGAUUUGGUUAAAGAUUAGUUUUGAAAAAGGUAUAUUUUUAUGGUAUAAUUAAGUACCUAUGAAAGAUGUUAGUUUUCAUUGUUAACAUCUUCCUGACUUAUUAUUAUAGGUUUACCAUUAAUGUUUUAAUUUGAAAAGAGAUUAAAAUAAUUCAAGUUAUUUAAAAUAUUGACUGAAAUUAUUAUUUGAAACUGGUGUUCUCUCCAUUGCCUUUUGGAAUCAUUUGAAUGUGAAGGUCAAAUAGAUUGUUUUAUGGAUAUACUACGAUACAUGGUGCUAAAAACAAAUGGUAUUUCAAAAUUCUCAUUUAACCAAGCUGUAUCAAAUUUGUGGAGAGAACACUGGAAAUAGUUAUACAAUUUGCUGUGAUAUUGCUGAGGGCAUUGUCAUAAAUCUGAAGAAAUUAAAUGAUUUUCUUUUUUGUAAAAUGAAACGAUUAACUCUUUGUAAAAAGAAACUCUAGACAAUUUGUUUUCUAUGUUAAAGUUUAAUAUAAUCCACCAAUAAUUUACUGUUAAAUGAAUAAAUCAGUUUUAUCAGGAGAUUAGUAUAAGUGCCUUAUUAUAUAUAACUUGAGUUCAGUAGUCAAAAAUUGAAAUUUGAAAUGGCAUUUUUUUCCUGUUUGGAAUACAGAAACUCAUAAGGUUUAAAUAAAUUCAGGGUAAGAUGUUGAUGCCUGUUGUAUGAAGAGCACAGGAUGAUAACUUUUGGUGCGAUCCAUGUCAGCAUUGUUGAAAGUAAAAAUAUAUUGUUUUCUAAAUCUAGUCAAGUACUGAAAUGUAGUCAAAUGAUUUUUAUAUUCCAUUGACUUAUUAUGCCUUGAUAACAUAAAAUGUUGUCUUAUAAUGUCCUAUUGUUUUUCUUAUGAAUUUAGAAUGUUAACAUUGUAAUUUGUAUGAAACAGUGUACAUCUUGAUACAUUCAUUUGUAAAAGAUUUCUAAAAAUAAUUUACACCAACAGUUACACACUGAACAGUCAUAAAAUAUGUGUCAUAAGUAUCAAGUAAUAUGGGAGUCAUGAAUAUUACUUGGGAGUCAUGAAUAUUACUUGGAUUCAUGUCACAUGAUGGUAAUAAUUCAUAUUUUUAUUUUCUAAAAUUUGUUAUCAAUAACUUAAUAAAUAUCCUGGUGGAAAUACUGGGAAGGAUCUUGAUUCUGACCAUUUAGUUUCUUUACCUUUGAAAUAGACAAUCAAUAUUUGGAAAAUUUUGGAUUGGAUUUGAUAAUUUAUACCUGCCAUUUCCAGACUUUAUUGUGAAACCAUUUUUUUUAGCAAGAAUUGUGCCAAGUUAUUCUUCAACAGUAUAUUUAUUUUGUAUUAGUUGCAUAGGCCUUGCUUUCACGAAUAACUUGAACGCCAAAAAUUUGUUUCAUUAAUUCAGAAAUGGUAAACAAUUAGUUUAUGCAUAUGAUCUAUGAAAAGACUGAUAAGUUUAUCAGUGAAAUGUUAUAGAUUUGAAUUUGAAUUUACCAAGACGUCAGAAAAACAAAUGAUAAAACAAUGAAGAUUGGAAGCAAGGCCUGGUUACACAGUUCAAGACUUCUUACAAAGAAGAUUUGUUUUUAUGUUUUAGUGGAUGAAAAUAAUGACACCACUGUUAUUAUUUUAGGAAAGAAAUCAAUCAUUAAUAUGACUUGAUAAGAAUUAUUAUCAACAAAUCCUUUUUGUAAGAGGUCCUCUCAGUGGUUAUAUUUGGGACCAGCCUAAAUGUGUUUGACUUUUGACCCAUUGAUGUGUAUGUGUAUUGAUAAAGCAUGAAAUGAGAGCAAAGAAAAAUAGGGCGGCAUUUACUUGUAACUUUUUUUUAUGUGUCAGGCCAAGAGAUGUUCGUUUUUAUACUGAGAACAAACAUCUAUUUAACUUGUAUUUUUUUACUUAUUGAAUGUGGUUGUUCAAUAAAAAAAAUCAUUUCUGUAA